UUAAAAAAAACAUUUGCACUAAGUAAUCUAAUCCACUUUUCCAUGUUGAUGAGAGCAUUAAAAUGAGAAAAAAUAACGGGACAAAAUGAAAUCAAAGGGCCUUUUAGAAUAGAUAAAAAUGAUUGAAUAUUUUAAUCGUUUGACUGCACUAGUACCUGCACAUGUGUGUUUCUGGCUGUUUUCUUAAUAUCUCAUUUCCGUUUUGUUACUUUUUAUUUAAUUUGAUAUUCGUAACUUUUGAGAGAAAGGUCCUACUUGCUUCUUGUUACACACAACUUACACUUAUGUCAAUGAAUUGAAUUUCAUAUAUGUUUGUAAUGAUCGGACCCGGUACCUAGCUGCAUGCGUCACAUACAUCGGCUAAUUACGGAUUGUAAACAUGCGCGAAAACAGUCAAGUUAUAUACCACUGGAGCGACAAGGAUCUCAUCUGUAAAUAUAUAGAAACGGUUUUUGCUAAAAGCAAUUAAUAUAAAUGCAUGAAGUAGCAACAACCAAUCCGUGUUCCGCAUUUGUGGCACUGCUGAUCCGAUGUAAUUGUGAUAAAUGAACAGAUAAUUCUCAACGUAGCCACGAAAGCAAUACGUCAAUUGAAAGCCACUAUUUAGCCCUUCCCAAAAAUGCCAACCAUGCUGGGCUAACACUAACACACACGAAACAAUCCAUAAAUAUAUUACCAAAAAAGGUUUCACAUUUUGAAAUCACAACAACAACUUUAUCCUACCUUGUAUGAAUUUUGCUGAAAAAAGUAGUGUCUGGUCAACUAAUUCCACUCGGUAAGAUAGUUCCAUGCCUUGUUGACAUUCUGAAGUCAUUUCAAAUCGCAAACACUGUUCCUAAUAGCUAAAACAUUAGCUUGAACCUUAGUGACUAUAUAGUUAUAAGCGAAACAGGACGUCUUUGUCCCCAUUUACGGGACAUAUAAUGUUUGCCCUAACUGUUUUUCCUGACCUAUUCUCGUGUAAUUUAGCUAAUAUUUAGCUUGCCACAGAGAGGUCACAUGAUGAGGGGUCACACAAUUUACCAAUCGAAUCAGGAAAUAUCCAAGCAUGAGAUAUAUCCAUGCGCGCAAUCAUUGAAACUCAUUCUGCUGGGGACUGCCAAGGGGGCUUUAGCAAGUUUGGGAACCUCUGUUUUAGGGUACCAAGGACCUAUUUUAGGACCUAAUAUCACUAUAUGGUUUUGAAAUGUCAUAGGGGUGUCAGCAAAGGUUAACUUUUUUUUUUAAAUACAAUUUCUAUAGGCUAAUAGUGUCAAUAGCUUAUGCUAUUUGGGGGGCCUUGGCAUGAAACAGUUUGAUAAUAAUUUGAUCAUAACAAGUGAUAAUCCACUAAAGGUCACCAUAUCACUGUACAUAGUUAUGAGAUGUUGUGAGUUUUUGUUUUUAAAUUUGUUCUGUACUUUUGUAAUACAUUUACUCAGUUCGGAGUACAACUUUACCAUAGAAUGGUUUAUUUCGAUCGGAACAUAGAGAGGUCUGGGUGAAAAUGUGAAAAGUAAGUCAAAACAGUUGUAUUUUGAUUGAAUGUACACAUAUAGUGAAAUUUAAUUAAUUUAGCUGUCUGGUAUCUGAUAAAAGUCAAUAGCAAAUGUUGGUGCCCAAAUCUACCCAAAUGUCCAAAUUUACAGUCCUUGCACUUCUUCAACUAAAACCACUAGACCUUAGGUUUGCUUUAUCCUAUUGACAUCAAAUUUCACAUAUGUACUCAACAUACAUAGGAUAAUGUUUCCAAACUGUUUUAGAGCUGCAGACCCAUGAUUUGAAUAUAGCAUUCCAUAUAAAACUUGUUUUUCUUAGGCAGAAUUUAGAUUUCCACAAUUUAAUUGAAUGUUCUAGCUUCAUGUACUCUGACCAACUAAUACCCACAUUAAUAAUUCCGCUUCAGGAUACAUCUCACAUGUGUUACCAUCUUUGUGAUACCAAUAUUAUGUUUAUAGCCCUUGUAGUUUUGGAGAUAUACUCCAUUAGAUUUGGGCAUGCCUUUUCGGGGGCGGGACUUAAGAAAAAGGCCUAAAGGCCUAGGGAUGAAGAGGUUAAUGGUAGUACAGAGUAGUCAAGCAGGCACAGGUCGUCAACAGGCAAACAAGCAAAUCCAAAGGAUGGUCGGGUCACAGGCUUAUGUCGAGCAGGGACUGGCAGGAAUUUCAGGAAUUUCAAUUUUUUGAGGCUUGGCACAGAGCAGGUACCGAUGUUAAGCAGGGGUCGUUAUGUCGGUUUCUAAGAAUCCAAAGGGAAGAGCAGGAGCAUGGUAGAGAUAAAAACAAAGGUUCGGUGCACAUAAAUCUCUGUGAUAAGUACGCUCGGUAUUGCAAGUAAAAAAACAUAACUAACAAGACUUUGCAGCGAAGAAACAGGCUAAGCUGGUAUAUAUAGAUUGACACCUCUAAUCAGGCCGAGGAGAUACAGGUGUGUGUGUGUGUGUUGAGGAAUGUCAAAACAGUGAUCUGGGAAGGGGAGCCACCACUGCCAUAAUGUUACAGUUCCGUCAUAUGAAUUCGAAUUUUAUCAAUGGUACACACACACACACACACACACAUUUUUACAAAUCUUAGAGUGAGAUAAUUGAAUCAUGCCAGUUAGGAUUUUUGUAGAUGGGUGACAUUUUGCUUUGAUCUUAAUCCACCCCUAUGAGGACUGUAAACUAACUUAACCGGUUAAGCAGGAGGGCUGUGGCGUGCUGGGAGAGAAACCAGACUGCUAUUAGAGGAAGUGUGUUAUAUGCAAAUUGUAAUGAACACCACUUGCCAAUUCUGCUCCUCCUACUGUUCCCCUCUGGGGUUUUGACUUCAUUGUGAAAUUCCUUUGGCACUACUGGAGACUGUCCAGGAUCAGCUAAAACAUUGUUUGACGUGUUUGGACGCUAAGCUGUAUGUGAGCUUCACAGUUGAACAGACCAACUGUAUGACGGUAGAUUGGGUCGUAUAUGCCAAUACUGUCUCUCAAGCUCAUCAUCUAGGUUCUCACUGCUUAAUAUCUUCACUGCCAUUGUUUUUAGGGUUGAUGUUGGUGGGUGUGUCAAAUUACUUUGUUGUUCUGGUUGUUCUGUGGGCCACAAUGUAUAUUUUUGCCUCGUGCCUCAAUUAAUGGUAACAAGCAUACGAUUAGUUGUCCUUUAAAUCAGACUCAGUUGUCAAUGUUCAGACAUUGACAUUAUUUUGAGGGAGUAUUUUUAUUAUUAUUAUGAUUGAAAAAUGUUUCUCAAUGGGGAAUCCUCGGUUUCUCGUUAAUGCACUGUAUUUUUGGCCAACAUGCAUUACAUGUUUUUCUUUGUUUCUGAAAUAAACAUUACUUGUGACAACUUUUUAGUCUCAACUUAGAUCCACUACGAUGCAUUUGCCUGCUCAACAUGAUGAUUUGUUAUCCUGUGUCCAUGUUUACAGUACAGCAUUUGACUGUUGGCUUACUUAUAGAAAUGAAGAUCAUCAGGCUAGGAUGUAAGGAUGCAGAGUAACUUUCAUUUUACAACUCUUACAAUUGACUGAAACUCAGAGUGCAGACCUUCAAUGCUAUAGCUAUAUUAAUAGGUUUGGUCGAUAUCCCUUGAAACCUGGGUUGGCAAGUAAAUAAGGCCUUUUCUCAAAAACGUGUAAAAGAAAUGUAUCGAUAAAAACAUUAACCGUGUGAUUAGCAGGACCGGUCUUUUGAUGGCAUACGAUUAUUUGAUACGAUACGUUUAAUAUGCUUUUAACAUUCAUGAGAAUAACAUCCAAAAUAUGCCAUGAACUUACAUAAAUCUCACAGUUGUCCGCUUCACUCAGACUCAUUCAUUGACAAUAACGGCACUAACCUACACGGGGUGGGAGGAUCGAAAACCACAAGAAAGCCCCCUCCCUCAUCAGGGACGAGCAGAUAAAAAGACAGGCUUAGAGCUGACAGAGACAGAGAACCCAAGAGCAGGAUGUGGAAUGAUGACACUCAGUGUGACGUGUUAGACUCACUGCCUUGUCACCAGCCCAUCGUACUUUGGUUCACCAGCAGCUAGUCUUCCACCGGUUCCAGGCAGCAGAAGCUCACCUGUGAAUACAAUCUGACGACAAGCAGUCGUACCGUCAUCUGAGUAACCAUCAGCUCUAGCCUCCAGCCAGACAGCUUCAAGGCAUCCUGCUCUAGGUCAGAUUAUUCGUUUAACAACCCUGACAUGGAGAAAGCACCAACCUUCACCUUGCUGCUGUGCUCUGCCAUUCUGCUCUGUGGUGACCGGGCGUGUGGUGGGCCCUGUAUGCAGAGGCACUUGAAGCGCCACAAGAGAGAAUGGGUCGUUCCAGCACAAAAGCUCAAGGAAAACUUUGACUACACCGACAGGAAAUACGUUGCCAAAAUUCGAUCAGAUCUGGCGGAUAGCGGGGAGAAACUGUUCUAUACCCUGACUGGCCGUGGAGCUAGCAAGGAUCCUGUCAAUCUGUUCAUCGUGGGAGAGAAUGACGGCCUGGUCCGCAUUAGAGGGAUUCUAGACCGAGAACGGAUACCCAAAUACACAUUGAAUGGUGUGGCCAGAUUUCAAAAUGGCACAGUGGCGGAGGAAAAAAUUGACUUGAACAUUGAGGUGGUGGAUGAAAACGACAACCCACCUGUAUUUGACAUACAGGCACCGGCCACUGUCAUAGAGUCCAGCCCUCCAGGGACAGUGGUUACCAAGGUAACUGCCACAGACGCUGAUGAGGCCAACUCUCUCCACUCCAAGAUCUCCUACAGCAUCACCAAGCAGGAGCCGACCGAUGGUGCCAUGCUUUUCAGCAUCGACAGGAACACAGGAUUCAUCUCUGUGAAGAACCCAUCGAUUGACAGAGAGAAAUACGAUUCUUACCUUCUGACUGUCAAAGGAACUGAUAUGGAUGGAGCAUCCAGUGGCAACACAGGCACAACACAAGUGAAAAUUCAAGUUGUGGACAUCAACGACAACCUCCCAGUUCUGGAGAAAGAUGAGUACUCUGGGAGCAUUAAUGAGAACACAGUCGACGUGGAGGUCAUGAGGUUCCAGGCCCUGGACUCCGACCUGGAGAAAACAGACAACUGGCUCGCUGAAUUUGAAAUCGUCUCCGGAAACGAAGACCAAAUCUUCGGCAUUCACACCGACCCCAGGACCAACGAGGGGGUGCUCACUCUUAAAAAGCCUGUCGAUUUUGAGUUGCAUCCUAACUUACAGUUAGGGUUGGUGGUUACAAACAGGGCACCUUUCGUUGGUGGGGCUGGGGGUGGUGGGGGCGGGGCUUGGGUUGCAGGUGGAACUGGCGGUGGAACUUGGGGUGGAACUGGGGGUGGCACUGGUGUCUCCAGUGGAGCAGCAGGGAGUAAGCUUGUAAUUGGAGGCGGUAAAAGAUACCCUGUGAAGAUCGCCGUGAAAAACCUUCCUGACGGCCCUGUGUUCAGGCCUGCAGUCAAGCCUUUGUCCAUAUCAGAAAGCCCAGGAGACAGUGUAUCUAAAGUGAUUGCUACGUACAAAGCGGUAGACGGGGACACUGGAAAACCGGCAGAAAAUGUCCAAUAUGCUAAAGGUUUUGACCCCGACAACUGGCUGUCAGUCAACCCGGACACAGCUGAGAUCACACUCAACAAGCAGCCGGAUCGAGAGUCGCCGUUCCUGGUCAAUGGGACAUACUACGCUAAGAUACUCUGCUUGACCAAAGACAUGCCCAUACAGACAGCAACAGGAACCAUCGCUAUACACGUGGAAGACUUAAAUGACAACUGCCCCGUGCUAAUCAGCACGCAGGAAUACCUGUGCUCCGGCACAGAGCGGUUCAACGUCACGGCAGAAGAUCUAGACGCGAAUCCCAACGGAGCCCCUUUGAAAUUCACGCUGGUGUCUGAGGAGAGCAUGGGGGCGUGGAUGGUGGAGGAGAUAUCAGACACCAACACCUCUCUCAGGGCCAUGGAGCCCCUGUGGCCCGGCCUGUAUGACAUCACCCUCAUCAUACAGGACCAGCAGGGGCUGGCCUGCCCCGAACCUCAGCACCUCCUGUUACAAGUGUGCACCUGCUCCUCCUCCAACAACAGGACCUGUGGGGUCAAGGGUGCAGAUGGAGAAAUGGCAGCUUUAAAGGGGUCGUCGUCGUUCGGACUGCCGGCGAUUGGUAUUUUGGUGUUGGCGUUUCUGAUACUGCUGUUGAUGGGCCUUCUGAUGCUGACGUUUCCCUGUGGGGAAGGAGGAACGAUGUUUGUCGACCUCCCAUUCGAGCCCAAACAACACCUGAUAUCCUACCACUUAGAGGGACAAGGGGAAGACAGGGAGGUGCCUCUGAAGUCCACCCCAUGGAUGAUCUCCGCCCCUGCCCCCCAGACCACCCUCAUGGGGCUGAAGUGGGCCAACACCACCAUGGCAGUUCACAACAUGGCUGCCGUGUCCAAAAUGAGUGCCUUCGGAGGCACGCACCUUGACUAUCAGCAGACGGAAAUGGUGGAGAUGGAUUCCAUGGACAUGACCUACUUCCAAGGUAUGGAGGACAGCGUGGACCUACACGAUGCUCUUCCGGAUCAUAUCUUGGACGAUUACUACUCACAGAAGACAACCUGUUUAGCAGAGAACUACUCCCAGAAGGACAGUCUGUUGCUGUUCGACUACGAGGGCCAGGGUUCUCCUGUGGGCUCAGUGGGCUGCUGCAGCCUCCUGGAAUCUGACGACGACCUCCAGUUCCUCAGCGACCUGGGGCCAAAGUUCAGGACCCUGGCUGAGGUCUGCUCAGGUGAGAAGAUCCAGACCGAGUUCAAACCCAUAGUCUCCGCACCUCCGCCCCCUAGGCCUGCCGCCCCCCUCGCAUCAUCCACCACCACAAUAGUGACAGUGGCGUCCAGCACCGUCGCCGCCCCUCCGCCCCCAGCGCCAGUGAAGCACGUGGAGAGGACGGUGGUGAAGAAGUCGGAACGUUCCGGAACCCUGAGGGAGGGCAUGGCAGGUCAGAACCACACCUUCCUGGUGCAGCAGCCUGUUCCUCUGUCUCCCCCUGCUGGUCAGACUAUCCUGGUGCAGCAGCCUGUUCCUCUGUCUCCCCCUGCUGGUCAGACCAUCCUGGUGCAGCAGCCUAUGUACUAUGCCACCACCCCCAUGCUGCAGCCCAUGAACUACGUCGUGGAGCCACAGGUCCACAACACUGUGCUGCUGGCAGAGAGGCCCGCUGCUAACCUGCAGGGUAUGAUAACGGUCAACGGGCCUCCGCCAGGACCCGCUCAGGGCCUGAUGGUGCAGGGGCAGCGGGUGGUGUCUAGCGGGCCUGCCCAAGGUCAGGGGAUGGUGCUGGUGGAGAGGAGUGGAGGUGGGGGGCAAGCUAGGCUGGAGCGAGGGAACUCACAGGGCAUGAUAGUGGUCAACGGGCCAUCUACGGAUGUACUUACUGGACACGUCGAACGCACCAUAAGCGCUGGACACACCGGCAUGCUCUCUCUUCCACCCUCCUCCCUGAAAAGGGGGGAGAGGGUGGUCAUAGUGGGCAAGAGCCAGGGUGUAGGUCCAAACCCGGUGUCUUGUAAUGGUGGACAAGCCACCUUGGCCAAGAUGGAAAGUGUGGUUCUCCCACAAGGAAUGGGAGGAGGAGUAGGAGGAGGGAUGGGAGGAGGGGGAGGUCAGACCAUUUUGGUCGAGGGUGGAGUUGGCUUCGGUCAUCUUCAAAACCCUGUGGGAGCUCUCCAGGGUCCUCAGAAUUUCAUGCUGGCAGGCAGGCACAUUCCACAUGACUACAUGGGUUCUGAGCCACUGGUGCUGGAGCAGGUGUUUCAAUCAGAAUGUAAUGGUGAUUACGUUGGAGGCCAUUUUAUGGUUGAGAAUCCAGUUUCUCUAAGUUCAGGUUGUUUAAGGGCAGGAGCACUCAGUCCAGUAAGUCUUGGUCCAUUAACAACAGUUGGUCCAGUGCCACCUAAUCUUUCUAGGCAAGGGGGUGUGCAGUGGGUUGAGAGACAGGGGAGUGGUGGGCAGAACAAAAUACGUUCUAAAGGAGAACCGGCAAGGAAAACUCAGGGUUGAGAUAUCAUAGACAUUAGUCAGAAGAGUUGCUUUGGCAACACAGGAAAGGGUAGUUUUGGAAUGUGGGUUAUCAUGUGAUGGAAUAGAUAAUGCCUCUGGUGACUUUAUAAAUGAAAAUGUAACCUUAAACGUUAAACUGUUAAGACUGUAUGUAUAUUCUUCCCUCUUGGCUCUCGACGAAGGCGGUCGCAUUUUUCUAUCCUCCCCUCCCUGACCUUCCCUGCUUCGCUCUGUC